GGCCCUCGUGGCCUCGUGGGUGGGACACCACACGUCCUACACUGCGAGCGCGAGGCAAGAGGAGGGGGAGAAGGCGACGCGGCGCGAUCAUGCGAGCGACGGCGGGCGUUUGAGCUGUUCGCCACCUACCCCUCCCUCCUUCCUUUCAUUUUUCUGGAAGACUUCUUCGGCCUCACGCAUCUCCUCCUCCAAUCCAAUUCACAAACACACACGGGCAAUCAAUUAGCAGAACCCGCGCCACCCCCCUUCCUCGGAGUCGGAGCGAGUCGAGGAACGGCUCGUCUGCCUCUCCCGUUCUCCUUCCUCUCCUCCCCAGAAGAUCCGAUCCAUCAUCGAGGACUCGCCGGGAAGAAUCAAGGAUAUAUAGAUAAUAUACAAACAAAGGUUCCUCCAGAGCCCAGAGCAGGAGGGAAGUCACCGGCCGUCGGCGGGGAGGAGAUGUCGGACGGCGCGGGCUCCCGGACGGGCGUCGCUGGCGCGCUGGGCCUCUCGGUCACCUCGUCGGUGGCCAUCGUCAUCUGCAACAAGUACCUCAUCAGCACUCUAGGCUUCUUCUUCGCGACGACGCUGACGAGCUGGCACCUCAUGGUGACCUUCUUCACGCUGUACGUUGCGCAGCGGCUGCGCUUCUUCGAGCCAAAGCCGAUCGACGCGCGCACCGUCAUCUCCUUCGGCCUGCUCAACGGCAUCUCCAUUGGCCUCCUCAACCUCUGCCUCGGGUUCAACUCUGUUGGCUUCUACCAGAUGACCAAGCUGGCCAUCAUACCCUUCACCAUAGUCUUGGAAACCCUCUUUCUGAGCAAGAAGUUCAGCCAGAGCAUCAAGGCCUCCCUCAUGGUUCUGCUGCUGGGAGUCGGGAUCGCGUCGGUCACGGAUCUCCAGCUCAACCUCCUCGGCUCGAUCAUCGCCGUGCUCACCAUCGCUGCGACAUGCGUCGGGCAGAUUCUGACCAACCAAAUCCAGAGGAGGCUGAAGGUUUCGUCGACGCAGCUGCUGUACCAGUCGUCGCCGUACCAGUCCGCGGUGCUGCUCGUCACCGGGCCUUUCGUGGACAAGCUCCUCACCAAGCGUGACGUCUUCGCGUUCAGCUACACCACCCAAGUCGUGGUGUUCAUCCUGCUGUCGUGCUCGAUCGCGGUGUGCGUAAACUUCAGCACGUUCCUGGUGAUCGGCACGACGUCGCCCGUGACGUACCAGGUGCUGGGCCACCUCAAGACGUGUUUGGUGCUCUCCUUCGGCUACAUCAUCCUCAAAGACCCCUUCAGCGCGCGCAACGUGGUGGGCAUCCUCAUCGCCAUCUUCGGCAUGGGCCUCUACUCCUACUACUCCGUCGUCGAGAGCAGGAAGAAGACCGAGGACGCUAGCUCGCUGCCGGUCGCCGCGCAGAUGAGCGAGAAGGACUCGGCGCCACUCCUCGGCGCCAAGAGCUCGCCGCGGACAGAGAACAAGGCCGAGGAAACCUUCGACUACAUGCCGAGGACGGCCAAGAGCGCGUUCACCGGCCGGUGAGCGCGUAGCUUGUAAGGAGUACGUAUCUUUCUAGAGUUGUGGGUAGACGACGAGCAACAAGGCGGGAAUGUGUUAGUGAAAGAUGUAACGGCGGCAAGUGACAUUCCAAUUAUCAUUUUUGCGAUUUCUCCUCUAGGGUGGUCUGCGUGGUCAUGGUUUACCAGAGCAUAAACAGCAGAAUGUGUGGUCUACUGGUCUUGACCGAGCUUGAAAUAGUAGAUUGGAUUGGUGAUAAUACAACUAUACAAGACGUGCGAAAUGUGUAAGGUUUGUGCCCGUUAGGCCAUGUUCGGGUGGGGAUUAGAGGAAAUUAAAAUUCCUUCUGUUCAAUUUUAAAUAAAAAAUAAUUUAAUCU